AUGUCCGUCCAACGUGCCAGAGGAGGGCGUAGUAACGGCGGUGAUAGUAAGGGCGAGGUUUCGGAGCUUACGAACAGUCGCCUCAUACGAGCCAUUCAGGAAUCGACGAGCCACAAGCUGGCCUCGAUCAAUGCGUUACUUCAAACUGUUGUACAAGCGGCGAAGACAGUCGUGAAGGGAACCGACUCCCAACGACGAUUUAAUGCUCAGUUUUCAGAAUUUUGUCGAGCUUCGUUGGUGGGAAUUGCCGACUUGGAGGAAGCAGUUUACACACUGGAAAAAGCUGAUGGAAUUGUUGAUAAUGAAUCACGUGAUGACCAGGGCGUAAAAGGCAUUAGGACAACAGACUUUGUAAAGGAGAUUGCAGUUUUUAUUGCGUCACAGACUAAUGCUCUCGGCGCGCAGUAUUUGGAGCAUGUGGGUAUGUCCGCCGUAACGGCAGCCGCCAAGAUGCAGCAACAGAGGACCACUACUGAGACAAAACGUGGCACAAAGCGUGGGAGGGUGGAUUCUAGUAGGCAAAGGGAUGUGGAUUGUAGAAGCUCACCUCGAAAACGACUGGGGGCAUCACCUUCCUUGCUUCCGAUGUGGGAGACAGAGGCGCCGUCGCUGUCGUUACCACCGAACAAAUCUGGACGUGGAACAGGUGGAGCAACCGAUAGUCACCAUGGAGACGCAAAAUUGAGCGGUAUCCCGGAGCUGUCGACUUGGUUGCAACCAUGGAAUCUUCCCUUGCCAAAUGCUCAUGGCAUUGCACUUGAUCGUGUGACGACGGAGCGUCCGAAGCCUCUAGUCGCGAGUGAGGAGUCCUGCAAACACCCUGUUGGCGUCUCAGUUUUUGACAUUUGCACUGCAUUGACCACGGCAGAUGUUCUUAGCCGUUGGGAGGCUCGAGAAUGCUCGCUUUCGGACGCCGUGAGCCGACCAAGCCUUUCUAACCCUGUGCCCACGGAGACGGUUUUACCGCACACUGCGGAUGAAGAUAGGCGCAUGUUUUUCCCUAAAAGUAAUCUUGGAGCAUGUGCUUGGGUGCCCACGCAGGUUAUGGUGGAUCUGGUGCACUACGGCAUUUCUUCGCUUGGCAUGCCUUUUAAGGAUAUGGUGUGA